CGCGCGCCCCGGUGAGUCGGCCCUUCGCACUCCGCGGCCGCUUCCGGUCUUUGUGGGUCGCUCUAGGUGGGUUCCGGUUCCGAAGCCGUUCAAGGCCUCAUCCCCUUCACCCUGGGAGAGAAACCUCUGCUGGCUUCCUGGGGCUGCGGGUGAGCGAACUUGUGCUCUGGACCCGGUGGGCAGGGUGCUAGGACGUCCUCGGGGGCUGGGCCCCUCGAACCCGGCCCAGGCUGGAGCCGGGCGGCCUCUGGGCCUGCCUUGCCCAGGUCCACCCAGGAAGAAGCUGCACAGGAGAUCUUGCUUGAAGCAUUGAUAAGCUUUCCCACAGCUAUGAUGGCAUCUAUUUGGGCUAUCCAGGCCCACAAAGACCAGGACGAACUAUUGGAAGUAAAGGUUGAGGAGGAGGAGGAUGUGAAGGAGGAGCACAAAUAUACCACCAGACAGGAUCAGAACCUGCAAAAGAACAACACCCAUAGCAGGGAGGUCUUCCGACAGCACUUCAGGCAUUUCUGCUACCAGGAAACGUCUGGACCCCGUGAGGCUUUGAGCCGACUCCGGGAACUUUGUCAUCAGUGGCUGAGGCCAGAGACCCAUACCAAGGAACAAAUUCUAGAGCUGUUGGUGCUGGAGCAAUUCCUGACCAUCCUGCCUGAGGAGCUCCAAGCCUGGGUCCAAGAACAGCAUCCAGAGAGUGGGGAAGAGGUGGUGACUGUGCUGGAGGCUUUAGAGAGAGAGUUGGAUGAGCCAGGAUAUCAGGUCUCAGUUCACACUGAGGAACAGGAAAUGUUCUUGCAGGAGGUGGCACCUCUAGGAUCAGAACAAGAACCCGGUAUGUCUCUCCCAUCCGUGAAAGUCCAGCUAAAGUGUGAAUCUCCGGACCUUGAAGCCCAGCAGGAGCAAGUUUCAGAUGUUGAUACUGGAAAUGAGUACAGGAAUUUAACUCCAAAGCAAGAAGUUUCUGAAGAAAUGAAAUCAUAUGGGAAUAUAUCUAGCAAAUUUGAAAAUGAAAUAGCUCAAUCUACUGGGUAUGAGAAAACUUGUGAACCUCAAGAAAAAACAGAAGAGCCUUCCGGAUACUCCAGGGAAGAUACAUGUCAUGAAAAUGGAGUAAGUUUGACUGAGAACUCUGACCGUCCUGAACAGCAGAGAGUCUGUCCAGGAGAAAAACUUUAUGAGUGUGAUGACUGUGGAAAAGCUUUUAGUCAGCACUCACGCCUUCUAGAACAUCAGAGGAUCCAUACUGGAGACAGGCCCUACAAAUGCGAAGAAUGUGGAAAAACUUUCCGUGGGCGAACUGUGCUUAUUCGACACAAGGUAAUACACACUGGAGAGAAGCCAUACAAAUGUAAUGAGUGUGGCAAAGCCUUUGGCCGGUGGUCAGCUCUUAAUCAGCAUCAGAGACUUCAUACAGGAGAGAAGCACUACCAUUGUAAUGAAUGUGGCAAAGCCUUUAGUCAGAAAGCAGGCCUUUUUCACCAUCUAAAGAUCCACACAAGAGACAAACCUUACCAUUGCACUCAGUGUAAUAAAAGUUUUAGUCGACGUUCAAUUCUUACCCAGCAUCAAGGAGUUCAUACUGGGGCAAAGCCCUAUGAGUGCAAUGAAUGUGGAAAAGCCUUUGUUUAUAACUCCUCCCUCGUCUCCCAUCAGGAGAUCCACCACAAAGAAAAAUGCUAUCAGUGUAAGGAAUGUGGGAAAUCCUUCAGUCAGAGUGGCCUUAUACAGCAUCAGAGAAUCCAUACUGGGGAGAAACCCUACAAAUGUGAUGUUUGUGGAAAAGCCUUUAUUCAGAGGACAAGUCUUAUAGAACAUCAGCGAAUUCAUACUGGAGAGAGACCCUAUAAAUGUGACACAUGUGGAAAGGCUUUCACUCAAAGAUCAGUCCUCACAGAACAUCAGAGAAUCCACACUGGAGAGAGACCCUAUAAGUGUGAUGAGUGUGGGAAUGCCUUCCGAGGAAUCACCAGUCUGAUCCAACAUCAGAGAAUCCACACUGGGGAGAAACCCUACCAAUGUGAUGAAUGUGGCAAAGCCUUCAGACAGAGGAAGAAGACUAGCUACAAGGAAAUACUUCUGAAAAAUCGAUGUGAACCCCAAGCUGGAGUGAAUCUUCUCCUGAGCUCACUUAUUCCAGAAUGGCAGUCCUCUUGCAGGAAAGAUCUGUAAUAGUGACUGAUGGUAGAAGAAGAGGGCUGUGCCUGGGGCCAAGAAUCAGGCUGGCAAAAAAAAAAUCUUUCUUCAAGCUUUUAAGUUGUUACUAUCAGGAGGUAGAUACUUGAACCUCAUAGGGCUGUCAGAAGACUCCAGAAGCUCUGCCCACAGAUGCUGAGAUCAGACAUACAGACCAAGGAACAGGUACUGAAGCAGGUUCUGACCUCUGCCUGAGGAACUGAAGACCUUGGGAGAAUAAUGUCAUCCAGAAUGGAGAAGAGGCAUCAAUUAUGCUGGAGAAGGUGAAGAUACAGCUUGGAAGGACAAGCCAUCAGGUGGGAAGGGUUGGGAGGAUCAUUUAUGGCUUGACUAGUGAAAGCUUCAAGAAUAGCACAGGAAGCAGCAAAACUGAACUUAGCAUCCACCAGAUGUCUCUGGAGCCAUAACCCAGUGUCUCCCUCAUGUGCUUUAAUUCCCCCUGCUAUUCAGGUGUACCUCUGGAAUCUUCUCUGUCUAUAGUUUGGGGGUUUUUUUGUUGUUGUUGUUUGGGUACUUUCACUGAGGGACUAGCUUCAAAUUCAGUUUUCCAGGACCGUCUUCAUUCUAUUUCUUUUAGGGCCCAGGCUAGAGGAUAGAACAAAAUAUGCUUACUUGACAAGAUAGUACCCUGGAAUCAAAGGCGUCAGGUCCACCCUGUUAAGACUCAGUCUUAUUUUAACUCUCAACAUUAUUGCCUUAUGAAUGGAAAGCAAGAUGAGAAAAGAUGUCUGCAGGGAAUGAAGAUACCUUGAAAGGAAGCUUUAUAGAACUCUUGUUAAUAGUAUCCUUUUCCUCGAAACCUUGUCCCUACCCAUCUCCUCAUUGUCUGCCAAAUUCUUUAGGUAGAAACUUUCAGCUGUAUUUGUGGAGAUGUUUAUGUUUUGUUUUGCUGUUUUGUUUGACUUCAAUUCCCGUAGCUUCAAGAUGUUUUUCUUCUUUUAAUCCUGACUAUUUCCUGGAGAAGUUAUUUUCCCCACUAUAAUUUUUUUCAGUUUACUUUUUCCCCAAAUCAAAAUAGUAUGCAUUUUGAAGCUGAUCUAGCUAUUGUUUCAAAUUAACUUUCAUCACAUGCCAGUGUUUGUUAUAUCCACUUAGCAAACAUUUAUGGAGCAUUUUGUUCGUCUAUACAAGUGGUCUAGGUACAUUUCAGUUGGUGUAAGUGGUGUAAACUACCUUUUAGCAAAUUAAAAAUUUCUUUUGGUUUCAUGAUAUUCCCUGUUUAUCAUCUCUGGACUCAAACUGAUCUCCUCUUAACUUUCUUUAUUAUACUUUUCCUGAUUUCUUUGUCACAUUUGCCCUUCCAGUGUCUUUCUGUCCAGCUGUCUCUUCUCACUCAAACUGGAACCUCACAUGCCUUCUUGGGUACUUUUCAAAAUUGAGAUGGCAAUUUAGGGACACUGAAAAGGCACAUACUUCAGCUAAAACUGGGUUUUAUUAUCAUCAUAAGUCUCAUUAUCUCAGCAGAAGAGACAACUGACAUUUGAAUUGUCUGCAUUUUUUUUUAGAUGGUGUUACUGAGAAUGAAAAUAACGACUUGUCUCCAACACAAAAAAAUUUCUGAAGAUGCUAAAUCAUGUGGGGGGAAUCUGUAGAAUUGCAACAUCAACGCAGUAAAUUUUUAGUAAAAGCUUUAGUUACUGGUGAGUCAUUGCUCAGCAUUAGGGAGUACAUGCCAAAGAGAAUGUCUUUGAGAGCAACAAGUCACAAGGGAACUAUCACAAGGGAAAAUGCUAUCAGUAUAAGGAAUGUGGGAGAGCAUUCAGUCCAAGUGGCCUUAUUUGACAUCAGACAAUCCACACGAAAUGUGAUAAUGGUAAGGAGGCCUUCAUUCAAACCUUAUAGAACCUUAUAUGAAAGAAGUGGGAAGGAAGGCCUUCACCCAGAAGUUAGGACUGACUGCACUAGAGAAUCUACAUAGAAGAUAGAGCUUAUAAAUGGAAUGCAUAUGGAAAUGUUUUCCAUGGAAUCAGCGUUAUUCAGCAUUGGAAAAUUCACACUAAAGAAAAACCCUGGCAGUGUGAUGGAUAUGAAAAGGUAUUUAGACAGAGGUUGGACCUAGUAAACAUCAGCAAGUCUGUAUUAGAGAGGCUUUUAUAAAUGAGAAGAUUAUGGGAAGUUGUAUGGACAGACAUCAAGCCUUAACAAUAGAAUCUCUGUAGUAUUGGAAAAUUAAUUAGUGUAAGUGGGCAAGAUGUAUGGAGAAUGGUUAUCUUAAACGGCCCAUUUUAGCCACUAAAAACAUUCAAUGAAUGUCUCAGGUCAAGAAAAGGAAAAGUCAGAAGUUCUUUUCACUUCCCAAAGAAAUCUAUAAACAUUAACAACCAGGACUUUUGAAAUUAAGAUAUUUACCUGUAUCCCUGGACUUGUGAUACUGUCUCUGAGAGGAUUAUCUGUUUAUUUGGGAUGUGUUAUUUUACCAUACCCACUCUAAUCGUAUCUUAAAUUCAUAUGACAAUUGUAGACUGUAUUGUAAAUAUAUACACCUAUAUUUUUGUGGGCUAAAUAGGCUUGUAUGAGUACCCCAGGAUGUAAAAAUGACAAAAUUUCAGGAACUGUAAUGAAAGGAAACACAUCUUUGAAUUUUUGGACACUUUCCUAAAUUUGGCACUCCCUCUGUGUUCUCCCAACACAAAGCCAUAUAGGUGUCAUUCACAGAGUAUACAUUUCCUAGCUUGGGUUUUUUUUUAAGAUUGAAGAAGAUAUUUCACAUGUAGCUUAUUGACAGAUAAUGAUAGAGGUAUUUUCCCUUAUGGAUAACAUAUAGUAUCAUGAAGGCUAAUACUUUAAGUAAUUUGCUUAUUAUUCUUUUCAGUUCUGAAACAUACAAGCUAAAAGAGGAAAGAAUCUCUAGAUGCUCUUUAGCAAUUUGGCAAUGUAGCCCAGUCUCUUUGAGAUGUACGGAUUUUAUAGUAGGUCACUAAAUAUAAGUACUACAGGUUUCAAAAUUUUGUAAUGAUUAUUUCAGAAUUCUGAGUUUCUAUCUGUUGUAUAUGCCUCAAUUUUCUGAAUAGGUAUUACAGUCAUUAGUUUAAAAGAUGGACUAUGUUCUAUAAAAGGCUUUUUCAGCCAUCUAUAGAAAUUACAUUAUUUUUACCUUAAUUUUAUUAUUAGCUUCUAUUACAUAAAAGGAUUUCCUAAUAGUGAACCAACCUUUCAUUCCUGGAGUAAAUUCCACUUAGUCAUGGUGUUUCCUUUCUUUUUUUUUUUUUUCUGGAUACAUCCAUGGCAUGUGGAAGUUCUUGGGCCAGAGGUUGAACCCACACCAUGGCAGCAACCCAAGCCACUGCAGUGACAACACCAAAUCCUUAACUUGCUGCACCACAAGAGAACUCCUUAGUCAUCGUGUUUUCAUAAUGUCUUAAUGGGUUCUACUUGCUAGUAUUUUAUUUAGUACAUUUUUAUUCAAUACGUAAAACUGGUCUGUAAUUUUAUUCUGUAUUUUUCAGGUAUAGGUUUUUAUUUUACUUGCAUCAUAAAAAGGACUGAUUGUUCAUUUUUAAUGCUCUAGAACAAUUUAUAAAGCAUUGAAAUUACCUAGUCUUUGAAAGUUAAAUUCUGAUAUAAAACCAUCUGGGCUGGGUACUUUUUUGUGGGAUAGUUUCUUGGUAACUUUUUUUGUUUCUUCUAGGGCCGCAUCCAAGGCACAUGGAAGUUCCCAGUCUAGGGGUUGAAUUGGAGCUACAGCUGCCAGCCUGGGUCACAGUCACAGUAGCACAAGAUCCAAGCCAUGUCUGCGACCCUCACCACAGCUCACGGCAAUGUCAGAUCCUUUAACCCCCUGAGUGAGGUCAGGGAUCAAACCCACAUCCUCAUGGAUACCAGUCAGGUUCAUUAUUGCUGAGCCACAACAGGAACUCCUUUGGUAACUUUUUUCUAUUCUACAAAAAUGGUCUAUUUAGGCUUUCUAUUUAUAGGGGGGGGCCAGUUUUGACCAUCUGUUAUUUGCUUGCAAAACUAUCCAUUUUGUCUAGAUUUUAAAGUUAUUUGCUUAAAAUCUGUAAUAUAUCUGUUAUGACUUUAAAACAUUUUUGUGAAGGGAAAUUGAUAUACAGUAAACUGCAGAAGUAUA